AAUAACUUUAUUUGAAACAAUAACCACAAAGGUGGAGGUUAAUGUGGGGUACAUCAUGAGGGGAUACACCCUAAAGGGUGAGAACCUGUUCGUCAAUCGAGAAACACAAUUUUUUAAGGCAGCCAGUUUUAGUGUUUCCAAGAGCCUUAAAGAAGAGGCCACAAAUGUACUGCUGCCGAAAAGCACAGAAACAGAGGUAUCCCUGGUUAGGGGUUGCCAGGGAUUCCUCACGGUGACUGGCAAGCUGACCGAGAUCUCCAUAAUCAAGAGGGUGAUAGUGAAUCAGCAGCCGGUCCCUUUGAAAGUGGUGACCCUGGAACAUAAUUCCGCACACGUCACAGUUAAUCUGUGGCGUGAUGCCGCCCUUUGUGAGGUGAUGGUUGGUGCAGAGGUCUACCUGACGCACCUCAAAGGGAGUGACUCUGCAUUUGGCUACCAGCUGCAGUCUUCACUGUAUACCACAGUCAAGGAAACAUCAAACCAGAAGAUUGUUGAGGUCCUGGGGGCUUAUGAGGACAGUGCAAGGCCAAUGACUUACGUCCUACUGAUCAUGGGUGGGGAUACAUUCAGUAUUCCAGCGCAGCUAUGGAUCCCUCUGGAGCCCAGAGUGGAGGAGCCACCGUUCUGGCUGAAAAUACAUUACACGGGGGGAAAAAUCACAGAGGUGGAGGAGGUGAAAGAAAGAGAAAAGGAGGCUAUGGGGGAGGAAUAA